AUGAAUACUGUUGACAGUAAAAAGAGCAAAUGUGAUCACUGCAGGCUUUGGUACACAGAAGAAAACUUUAUCGGAAAGAAUGACAAAAUUGUCUUAUCGUGUAACAAGUGCCGAACUUCGAUCGGUAAUAAAAAUCGGAUUAAGGCAAAGGAAAAUAAAGAUGAAGAAAUAAAACAACGUCAAAGUAUUGCUUGUACCCGAGAUCAGCUUGUCGAUUUCUUUUUGGAUUCUUAUGAUGAUUUCGACAAUUCUGAACCAUGCACUCAAGUGUUAGAUAUAAAUGUUGCUGACAAUAUACUACUUCAAGAUGAUACACAAAACCAAAACAGUGCACUACUCCAAGAAGAUAUACUACUUCUUCAAAAUGAUAUAUUUCAAGACGAUAUAAUGCUCCAAGAUGAUAUAUUAUCUGAAGAUGAUGCAUUAGCUCAAGCUUUUAUAGUUGAAAAUGAAGAUGUAAAAUCUAAAAAAGAGGAACUUUAUUUAUUACUAGACCGUGUCAAAGUUAUUAUUGAUAAAAACACACAAAUGCCAAAUGCAAAACAGUGGAUUGAUUGUAUUGAUAAAAAUUUUAAUGCCCUGCGAAAAAUGGUGGAUGAUUGUGAACAAUUUGAUAGAAAGCGAAAUUUUCUAAAUACUUGGGAGGGUCGUAAUCACAAUACAUUCUGGAUUUAA